AUGCAUUCAAACCCUCGCAUGUUAACGAUGGAUCUGAAAGUGGAGCCGGAAGAACUGGACUCGAACCAGCCACCACCCAUAGAAGUUUUUGCGCACAGCUCGACCCUGCACGGAAUCUCCCACAUCUUCACCUACGAGCGCUUCUGGAUCAAGCGGUUCCUGUGGCUCGUCUUCUUCCUGGCCUCGCUGACUUUCCUGCUCUACGUGUGCGUGGAUCGGAUCCACUUCUACCUCGAGUACCCGCACGUCACCAAGUUGGACGAGGUCUCGACCCCCGUCAUGACGUUCCCGGCGGUGACCUUCUGCAACCUAAACGCGUUCCGUUUCAGCCAGCUGACCCGGAACGACCUCUUCUACGUUGGGGAGCUGCUGGCCCUGCUCAACAACAGGUAUGAGAUCAGGGACAUACACCUGGUGGAGGAGAGCGUUCUGGAGACCCUGAAGCUCAAAACCGACUUCCAGAACUUCAAGCCGAGACCUUUCAACAUGCGGGAAUUCUACGACCGCACCGGCCACAACCUCAACGACAUGCUGCUGUCCUGCCACUACCACGGCACAGAGUGCAGACCGGAGCACUUCAAAGUGGUCUUCACUCGCUACGGGAAAUGCUACACCUUCAACGCCGGUGGAGACGGGAAUCCUCCGCUCAUCACCACCAAAGGCGGCAUGGGAAACGGUCUGGAGCUCAUGCUGGACAUCCAACAGGAUGAAUACCUGCCAGUCUGGGGAGAAACAGAUGAGACUUCCUUUGAAGCUGGGAUCAAAGUUCAGAUCCACAGUCAGGAAGAGCCGUCCUUCAUCGACCAACUCGGAUUUGGUGUUUCACCCGGAUUCCAGACGUUUGUGUCCUGCCAGGAACAGCGGCUCAUAUAUCUUCCUCCGCCCUGGGGAGACUGUAAGGUGACGCCCAUGGAUUCAGACUUCUUUGACACUUACAGCAUCACCGCCUGCCGCAUAGACUGCGAGACGCGCUACCUGGUGGACAAUUGCAACUGCCGCAUGGUGCACAUGCCUGGCGACGCUUCCUUCUGCACCCCUCAGAUGUACAAAGAGUGUGCUGACCCAGCUCUUGAUUUCUUGGUGGAACAAGACAACGAUUUCUGUGUGUGUGAGACGCCGUGCAACAUGACCAGGUACAGCAAGGAGCUGUCCUUCGUUAAGAUCCCCAGCAAGGCCUCGGCCAAGUAUCUGGCAAAGAAAUACAACAAAACAGAGCAGUACAUUAAGGACAACAUUUUGGUUUUAGACAUCUUCUUUGAGGCUCUGAAUUAUGAAACUAUUGAACAGAAAAAAGCAUAUGAAGUGGCCGGACUUUUAGGUGAUAUUGGUGGUCAGAUGGGACUCUUUAUUGGUGCGAGCAUACUGAGUAUUCUGGAGAUUUUUGACUACCUGUAUGAGGUGAUAAAGUACAAGCUGUGUGGCUGCUCCGAUAAGAAGCACAAGCACAACAGCACCGACCAAGGAACGGUCCUGAGCUUGGACGACGUCAAGUGUCACGUCAGUAACUUUCAUUAAGCCUCUGCCGCCGUCUGGAGGAGCGAGCCUCUGCCUGGACUUUGCUACUGCGACAGUGUGAGGAUGAAUGAACUGGGCCUGGUUGGGCUUAACUCUGUGAACACGGUCAGGCAGCCAACAGCAGCAGACGGUCACGCAGGCAGUCAGCUGGCCUGCAGAAACCAGAGACCAACCUGGUCAGAUCAACUGCAUGGUCAUCUGAAACAUCCUUUAAAGACAGGAGCAGCGAAGCGGACAUCGGCUCCUUGAAGGUUCAUAAUGUGUGCUGUGCUGUGUUUAUCUGUCAGCGUGAUUAGGCUUUAUGUAAAAUGAUUGUUCAUUUGCAAGAAUUUUCUCAGUUCUGCACUAGUCCUGUUGCCUUUAUUUUCCCUAUUUAUCCACCCACCCCCCCAAAAAAUAAAUUUUUAUAUUCCUGUCCUCCAUCCUCAUCUUAAGAGCCCUUGAUAAACUCAGUGCAUUCUGCCAAAACACUGUACUACCUCAGCUUCCAGUGCAAAAGCACCACUAUGAAUUUACAGACCAAGCUAAACUGACGGUAUGAUAUUUACUAAACUACGGUCAGUAAAGUGAUUUUUAAAUAACUGGAAAACGGUGAAAUAUACGUGGCUAUAAAUCUGUUAGGAGGUGCAAGAUUUUAGUUAAGGCUCUUCUCUUUCAAAAAACAUUUCAACUUUUGUAGUUAUAACAAAAUCAACACUAUUAACACGAUGAUAUAUUGUAUUUUGGCAAACAGAACAAAAAAGCUGAGUCACAAACUUGUUCUAGAUCUUUUUGUGAUUCUAAAUGCAAUAUCUUUCCUUUAACUUAAACCUUCUGAAGUCAUCUAAUGGUUAAACAAACGUCCUCUAUUUCACUUGGACGACAUGUUCCUUCAAGGUUAAUUUUCUUGAAGAGUGGCUAAGAAAAUUGAGGACCAACUAAAGAAAGUAGCACCUAUAAAAAUGUUUCAAUUACAAUUAUUUUAUAGCAAUUGUUUCAGCUGUUAUUUUUGUUUAAUACACUAACUAGUGGGUGUAUUUACUCUCUGGCUAAACGUAAUCCAAUUAAAGUUUGGAUUUUUCUCAAAUGUUCAGUGUGGAAAUUAUGCUUCCGCAAUUGUAGAUGAAUUUAUUUUAAGGGUUUUUACACAACUUUACCAGGGGAAAGUGUAGAGAAAAAGAUUAACUUAUUAUAAGAGAACCCUCCCUGUUCCUCUGGUAGAACUAGACUUUUUCAGUUUGUUAAAUAAUAAAAAAAAAAAUGUUAUUAAUAAACAUUGUAUGUUUGGUUGGAACCAGAUUAGUGGUACAAUACUUUAAAUUUUCACUCAAAGUCAAACAUUUCCAUUCCCAACUAGAAAAAUAGUCUGGAGGUCAAAUGAAGUCAAUAUUCAGGAAAGAGGAAAGUUUCUCCCUAAUUCCCAUUUCAAAGUCCAACACUGGGAAUUUGUCUUCAAAACGCAGGAAUAUCUGUAGCAGAAAACUAUUUAUUCCACAUGUGGCAGUGUCUAUCUCAUAAAAUCGUUCAUACAUUUAAUACUACACAACCUCUGCUAGUCAGUCAGUGUGUUUCUUAAGUGUUUUACUACAUACAAAGUGAAGAAAAAUAAAUAGUUUGUGUUGCUGAUAGUGAUGAGCUUGUCGGUGAUGACAGCAGUUACCAUAUUUGCCGCCAGAACAUGUUAAAGUCGGGUUAGAGUAAGUAAGUAGCUGCUAGUACUUUCUGGCAGAGCAGUUCAGUCUGUUUCAGGUUUUGACUGAUAUUUUUCCCUGUUUCUGCUUAUUAGCUCUGCUAAAAGUUUCCACAUUAGCAGCUUAUAUUUUGUGCCAUGCAACGCCCCAAGGCAGUCGACCAUUGAUGGAGAUCAACUAUGUCCUCACAAUGAAUCUCUGUAAAGGCAACUUCCACCUGUACUGCAGGUUUACCUUUACCUGUGGUCUCAGUGUUUUAUUGGCAUUAAAUUGUCUCAGAUUAUGUUUUUUGUACCAUGGGGCUUGUUAAAAACACAGUGAUUUAUUUGAUGUUGUCACAUCAAAUAAACUUGCAAAUGGUGCACCUUUAACAAUCAUUAAAUUGGCAAAUCAAUAAAAACUAGAUCAAGCUAUAAAAGGCAAAUUUAAGCUGCAAUAAAUACAGAACAGGAUGUUGUUCAGAAGUGCUGUCCAAAUUUAGAGUACUUUUAGUAAGGCUUAUAUUUACUGUAUAAGUGUAUUGUGUAUUAAUUCCAGCUCCAAAAUUUUACAUAUCAAACCAAGCAAUCAGAUAUUGAGUGAAAAUCAAUAUUUGUCACAUAAAACUGAGAUUUACCAGAUUAUAUUAGAGGAUGUCACAUAAUGCAAAUCUUCCCCUACAAACUCAAGUUUAACUCUGUAAAUCUCAGAACAACAACAGCAAAAAGAUUUUUAUGGGAAAGUUCUAAAUGUUUAUAUUUGUUUUAUUCAUUUCCCUCCAGUCAAUGUAACACUAAGCGAUCACAUCAACGAAGAUGAGUUUACUGAAUGUGCUUUUCCUUCUUCUAGGGCUCUGACUUGCAUGUAUCAGUGCACAGCAGGUGUCUUAAAAAUUGUCGUCCACGUCAAUCAUUUGUGUCCUCCGUCUGCUUGCAGUAUGCCUGACGACAUUUGCACAGUUUGUCCUGCCUGUUUAGGUCGUGGAAAGUGAAGCGGAUGAGGGGGAAGACGGAAGAUGCUGCCCUUUGUGAACAUGUGAGCUCUGCGGGUGCAUGCUCAUGACUUGCUGUUCUGUUUACAUCUUAAAUGUUGUAUCUUCCCUGAGCUCUUUGUGCAAGCUUCAGCAGGAAACGGGACUGUGUAGCUGUGUUGUGGUAGCAUCCGGCACAAACGAACCAUCGGCUGUAACUCGAUGUAAAUACUGCAGUGACCAUGGCCCUGUUGUACUAGUGCUGUUUGCGUUGGGUUUAUUUAGCACAGACUAGCUCUCUGUCUCAGUUUCCUCUACAUAUGAACAUUGAUGAUUUAUUUAUCCAAAGUAUAUUAAACAGAAAAGCUGUGUCUUCUUUUCUAUUUGCUUUGUGAUGAUCAAAACAGCUCUUUUCAUUAGUGUGUGUAAAUAUAAUGCCAAGUUGUUAUUUUCAAGCUGCAUGAACGCUUGAAUCUCUGUGAAAGUUCACAGGCUGGCAAGCUUUCUGCUUUUCUUCCAGUCUCUGUUGUAAACUUUAGAUUUUUGUUUGAAAUGAAGAAAUUUGAUUGGAGUGAAGGAAUGUUGUUUCUGUUUGUAAAUUUAUGGCUCAAAACAGACUUGCAGCAGUAGAUUUAUUAAAGAUGACUUGUUAACU